AUGCAUUUCCUGCCUCCAUUGCCCCUGGUAACUCCAAAGCUUGCAUCCAUAGCCCGACAGAAGCUGCCAUGCACCAAAACAUACACAAGGGCUCAAUUGAUUAAAAGAAAAGAUGAAAUAGAUCACUAUAUAGAGGUGAAUUUAAAAGGAUUGUCUAAAGAAGAGGUUGCUGCUUACAGGAACUCGUACAAAAAGAACAUCUGUGUGGAAAUGCUGCAAGAGGGUUAUCACAAGUCCUUUACUGAGCUCUUUGCUCUGAUGGAGAAGUGGGAUGUCCUGAGGGAAGCUGCAAGAGUCCGAUCCAUCUGCUGGUUGCAGAAACCUCUGGAAGAGCAGCCUGAUAAACUGGAUUACUUGUACCACUACCUGACCAGAGCCGAGUCUGCUGAAAGGAAUGAAUACUUUGAAGAUGUAUAUGAGAGCCUGUAUGCUCUAGCCUGUUACUUCAAUACUCCCGAAGACAAGUGGGUAAGGAAUCACUUUUACGAAAGAUGUUUUAAGAUUGCUCAACUGGUCAAAAUUGACGGUGGGAAGAAAGAAGCCAAAGCACACGCCAACAUGGGCCAGCUCUAUGAGGAAGAGGGUCAACUUCAAGAAGCUGCUGAGCAUUAUGAAGCAUUCCAUCAUCUGACGCAGGGGCGGAUCUGGACAGACGAGGCAGGCCGCCUUCUCAACUUGUUGGCCUGUGAGAGUCUCCUGAGGAUUUACAGAUUACUCUCAGACAAAAUGCUGGAAAAUAAAGAAUACAAAAAGGCCAUCAGAAUUCUAAUAAAAGCUUCUGAAAUAGCCAAAGACGGAAAUGACAAAAAGAUGGAGGGUGAAGCUUCCUAUUACUUAGGUUUGGCAUACUUGGCUUCCGGAGAGUAUCAAACAGCGUUAAAUGUCCUUAGCACUUAUGCCAAAAUCUCCACAGACCUGGAUGAUGAUCUCAGCUUGGGGACAGCAUAUGAAGCAAUAGCCAAGGUCCUGCAGAGCCAAGGAAAUAUGACAGAAGCAAUUAAAUUCUUGCAAAAAGUUCUGAAUAUUGCAAGAAACAAUCUUCAAAAUCUAGAUGUUGUGCGAGCAAGUACAAUGCUUGGAGACAUUUACAAUGAAAAGGGACUUUAUACCAGAGCUUCACAAUACUUCCAGCAAGCGUUUGACACAACGGAAGAGCUGAUGAACAUGUCUCUGAUGGAUGAAACAAAAGUUCAUUAUGGAAUAGCCAAAGCUCACCAGAUGAUGCUGACAAUUAACAAUUACAUAGAAGCUGCAGAUGUCAAAAGCCUGAACUCUCUACUGACAUGGAAGGAGAGCAGGAGCUGUAUCGCCUUUGACCCAAUGACUGGUAAGGCAGUGUUUUUGUUUUUAAUAUAA